AUGAUUCUCACUCCGCAGCGAUUGAUACAGUUAUCCAAUGCCCCACGAUUAGGCAAUAUGUGGUAUUUGAUAGCGACGGUCACGCUGACCGUUUGCAACCAGCCCCAGGAGAUCCCAAAAUUGUACCACUAUGCCCUCCACGUGAAGCACGGGCUGGGGAAGCCGUCCGAGGAGCUGUACCACCGCGUGGCCCAGACAAUCGAAUCUGUAUCUGCCGACAUCAACAGCUGUCCGUACGAGAUCGAGUCUGGGCUUAAGCUGUCCGAUAAAUUCCGAGAGAGCAUUCUCAAGACGGCCGCGCUGAGCGGACUGCCCAAGGCGAUCAACUCUCUCAUGAUUUUGAGAGAGACUACGCCGAAACCGCUGCGUGCCACCGCAGACGUGAAACGGCACGCAAUUGAGUCGUUUGCAGACUACGAGGCAGAACAGGCUAGGGGAAUGAAGUUCUGGAAAACCAUCUACAGCAAGAUAAGCGGCCGUGUCAUCAACCAGAUGAGCUCGUCGUAUCCAGAUCUAUGGACGUACACAAUCCAGCAUGUUUAUUCGCCGUUGCUGUCGUUUUCAGACGUGCUGACUCCGCAGGAAACCUCUAUGAUCGUGAUAUCGUGUCUCAUUCCGCAGGACGUGAACCCGCAGCUGAAGGGCCAUCUGAAAGGAGCGCUGAACCUGGGCCUGGAUCUGGAAACGGUAAGAGAAUGUCGCGAGAUGGCCAUCGAAAUCAGCAAGUGGUGCGGCAUGGUGUGGAAAACGGAGGUCGCCAAGCUCUAG